CAUUUAAAGUGUUUAAAUCGAAAUAAAACUGAAAAUAAAUUAUUACUGGAUGCAACACUGUAAUGCUCGAUGUAGUUCCGGAGAAACGGAGCUUUUCGGAACAUUUUCGAGUAAACUGAAUCGGUUUUCUUCUGAAAGUGAUUGAAUCGUGUCUGUCUGCAGACAUCAGGCCGUUCCUCAAAACCGAGUUCAGACUUCGCUCGGUCGAGUCGGGAGUGCGCGCACAAACCGGACAAAGUGUCUAAACACAGAAAAACUCCUGCUGAACCGGCUGAGAUCCAUGUGACACACGAUUAUAAAGAUGGAGUUUAUUAAAGAGGAGAGUGAAGUCAUGAAGAUUGAAGAAGCAUUCAGAGUCAAAUAUGAAGAUACUGAGACACAAAUAGACCUGAUGGUGCUUAAUGAGAAGAGUCAAGAACUGAAUGAAACCGAAAACAAAGAUCAGAAUGAGAAACAGCAUGAUUUCAAAACUGAAGAAAAAUCAAUUAGUUGCUCACAGACUAAAAUGACUUCAUCACAAACUCAAAAAACAGAAACUGCAAACCUUAAUUCCAACAUGAGAAUUCACACUGGAGAGAGAACUUACACCUGCCAACAGUGUGGGAAGAGUUUCUCACGAAAUGGAGAUCUUAAGACUCACAUGAAAAUUCACAUUGAAAAGAAACAAUUAAUAUGCUCUCAGUGUGGAAAGAGUUUCACGUGUAAAGAAAGACUUAAGACUCACAUGAGAGUUCACACUGGAGAGAAGCCGUUCACCUGCCCUCAGUGUGGAAACAGUUUUACAAAGGAAAAAUACCUCACUGACCACAUGAGAAUUCACACCAGAGAGAAGUCAUUCACCUGCCCUCAGUGUGGAAAGAGUUUCACGUUUAAAGGAAGACUUAAGACUCACAUGAGAGUUCACACUGGAGAGAAGCCUUUUACCUGCCCUCAGUGUGGAAACAGUUUUACACAGAAAAGAUACCUCACUGUCCACAUGAAAAUUCACACCGGAGAGAAGCCGUUCACCUGCCCUCAGUGUGGAAAGAGUUUCAUGUGUAAAGAAAGACUUAAGACUCACAUGAGAGUUCACACUGGAGAGAAGCCUUUCACGUGCGAACUGUGUGUUCAGAGUUUCUCAUCCAAUAACGGUCUUAAGGGUCACAUGAGAAUUCACACUGGAGAGAAGCCAUUUGUAUGUGAUCAGUGUGGAAAGAGUUUUACACAGAAAAACGGCCUUAAUAUCCACAUGAGAAUUCACACUGGAGAGAGACCUUAUACCUGCAAACUGUGCGGGAAGAGUUUUUCAUUAAAUAACGGUCUUAAGGUUCACAUGAUAAAUCACAAUGAAAAGAAGCCGUUAAUGUGCGCUCAGUGUGGAAAGAGUUUUACGCAGAUACACAGCCUUAAUACCCACAUGAUCAUUCACACUGGAGAGAAACCUUACACUUGCCCUCAGUGUGGAAAGUGUUUCAGGCACAAAGGAAGCCUUAAGGGUCACAUUAGAAUUCACACUGGAGAGAAACCUUUCACCUGCAAACUGUGUAGGAAGAGUUUCUCAUUGAGUAGCGGUCUUAAGGUUCACAUGAGAACUCACACUGGAGAGAAGCCAUUUGUAUGUGAUCAGUGUGGAAGGAGUUUUACGGAGAACAAACUCCUUAAUGCCCACAUGGGAAUUCACACUGGAGAGAGUCCUUUCAUCUGUGAACUGUGUGGGAAGGGCUUUAGGGACAAAGGAAGCCUUAAGGGUCACAUUAGAAUUCACACUGGAGAGAAACCUUUCACCUGCAAGCUGUGUGGGAAGAGUUUCUCAUUUAGAAACGGUCUUAAGGUUCACAUGAGAACUCACACUGGAGAGAAGCCAUUUGUAUGUAAUCAGUGUGGAAGGACUUUUACGAAGAACAAACUCCUUAAAGCCCACAUGAGAAUUCACACUGGAGAGAGUCCUUUCACCUGUGAACUGUGUGGGAAGGGCUUCACACAAAAAGAAAACCUUAAAAACCACAUGAGAAUUCACACUGGAGAGAGUCCUUUCACCUGUGAACUGUGUGGGAAGGGCUUCACACAAAAAGAAAACCUUAAAAACCACAUGAAAAUUCACUAAAGACAGAAAACUUUUAAUUGUCAUUAGUGCAAAUAGACAGGAAUCACCUUAAGAAUCAUUCAGAUUUUCAUCUGAAAAAAAAAAAGCCUUUUACAUGCCAUCACUGUGGAAGGAGUUUCACAAUGCAAACAUUGAGAGUCACACUGGAGACAGACAUUGCUAGUGUCUUCAGUCUGAGAGGAGUUUGUCAAAGCAGCAUGAAAUGCCAUUUGCGAACUUAUUCUCGGUAAGAAAUUACCGUAUUCCCCAGAGUGAUGAGGUUAAGAAAAAGGAGCAAUUUCUACAAUCAUCUGUGUAUUCUUUCUCAAAGACAAUUCAGUUGUAAUCAGUGUACUAAAUACAUUUUUUUGCAUUCACACUUAAAGACACAUAUGUAAAGUCAUGAUAUCCUGUUUGUGUUCUUUGUUAAAGCAUAUAAUAAGAAACAUUGUCUGAUUGA